AUGGGAGUGAUCGCGUCAGCGUUGUGCCGGUUCCCUUCAAACAUGGCCAAGUUCGGGGCUUCGUCGGUGGCCUUCUCGAGCAGUCGGCUGGGCUCUCUCCUCUCCCCUGCUCUCGCGACGCCGCCCGCCUCCCUUGCCUCCCUGCCGCCACCCCCUGCCACGCCAGAGCCAGGAACUGGGGACCAGAGCAAGGAAAACCCUGCAGGUGUCAGGCCCCUUAAAUGCAUCAACUGUGAGUAUGUGACUACGGACAUGACAACCCUCCUCGACCAUCUGGACUCCCACUACUCCGUCAGGACCUUCCUCUGUGUCCACUGCACCCGCGCCUUCCCUGGUCCUAGAGAGCUCAACGCCCACAACCAGCCUGGCCAAUGCCCCUACAGGGAGACCUAAUCAGUCAGCUCUAGAUUAUUGUUUGCUUGGAUCCAGCAUUGAAAGAUGAUCAUAUACAAGAAGCAUGAUUACAAGAUAACUGAUUAAAUGAAUAGCAAAAUAGCCUAACAUGUCCUUGUAACUAUGUGCACAAGAAUGUAUUUUUGUAUCCCAUUCUCUGUGGGGGUACCUCUUUAUCAGUUAUAUCAUAUUUACGAUUAUUCUCAUGUCACCAAAAAGUAUCUAACAACAUAUGAAUAAGUUUAAUAAAGAAAGAUGCACUCUUUUACCAUUUGGGUUAUAUAUAACAUGUUAAUAAUAAUCAAUUUAAUGUUGGGCUUUUCAUAUGCUUCUGAAAGAAUUUUAAACUUUAUCUGAAGUUGUUAAACCUGUAAAAAAAAAUGCAGACAGUGACUUGCUCACUCUAAAUUAACUUUUCUUUUUUCCAUAGAUCAUUUUAAUAGCAGUUUUACCGCGUAUUCUUUCUUCCUUAAUACAUUUGGCACACCCAUUGUCCCGUGUGCAGAGGUUAAAAAAUACAC